GGUCUAAUGAAGCACAGAUGGGUUUAAAAAAAAAAAAAGGAACAAUGGUGGAUUUUUGUUUACUUUUAAAUUCAUUUUUCUACCUAUUUUUUUUAACCCCAAUGUGGUUGUUAAACCUGUAGUGUAAGUCGUGCGUAAACACAGCGGUGAAAGAAAUGCAAGCUAAAGAGCUUGUGUCGUCAUCGAUGUUGGUCAAAUAGAGGGCGCAGGGCGGCAUGGAGGGCUUUCGGCCCAUGGUGCUACUGGCCGAGUUUUGCCACACGGAUGAGCGGCGACCUUUCCCGGUGUGGCAAGAUGGACACGUGGGCAUGUGUUUCAACCACCUGGUCCUCGGCAUCUUGCCCCACACAAUCAUGGCCACCCUCUCUGCCUUUUACUUGGGCCUGGCCAGGUGUUGCCGUGUGUGCGUGCUGCCUCCCUGCGGCUGGACUCUGCGCCUGCUGUCGUCCCUGCUGGCGUCGCUGCUGUUCACCCUCGACGUGGCAGUGGCAGCUGUGGCCAGGCAGGCGGACGUGUACCCGGACACCCUCGCCGGCAGCUUUGGCGCCCUGGCUUGGCUGAUCCAUGUGGCCGCAGUGGCCACCCUCCCCCAAGGGACGCGAGGGCCUCCUCUGUUGCUGAUGACGGUGCUUCUCUGCAUCCCCCACGUGGUUGUCACCUUCAUGUUCCAUCUCCAAAGAGCCUUGUAUGUGAUGCCGCCCGGACCCCUCCAGUUGACCCGUUUGGUCCUGGCUGCCACACAGACGCUCCCCGUGUCGCUCUACCUUUUGGGGGUGGCAUGUCCACCAUCAGACCCGCGAGGACCCAUGUUACACAUCCAAGAUGAGGAUGGCUCGCUGUUGCUUCCCGAGGAGGACACUGGCGAGAUGGUGGCGGAGGAUGGCACCGGCUGUUUCUCCUGCCUUUUCUAUCUCUGGUUGUCGCCCCUCCUGCGGCGGGGCCGGCGGGGCGAGUUAGAUCAGGCGGCACAUGUUUACCACCUCCCCCGUGGCCUGCGCACCGCCGUCAUCUGCCGACAUUUUCACCAGAGCUGGGUGGCGUGUCGUGGGGGAGCGGUCCCUGAUCCAUGGCCCCGGCCGGUCCAAAGCACCCGGGAGGAUCUACCCGAGCUGGAGGGUGACGUGAGCUUGCUCCGUGUCUUGCAUACUGCCUUUGGGGGGCGCUAUUAUUCCCUGGGUGUGCUGAAGAUGGUGGUGAACAUGCUCCGGUUCUGUGGGCCUCUACUGCUUAGCCUCCUUGUGGGCUUCAUGGAGGAUGAACGGGCCCCAGUUAGCAGGGGCGCCUGGUGCUGCGCUGGCCUCUUCGCCAGUUCCCUCCUCUGCGCCGUACUCCAGAACAUCUUCGCCUUCCAAGUGUCCAAGGUCGCGCUGUCCGCCCGCGCUGCCCUGGUGUCGGCUAUUUACGGCAAGGCAUUGCGGGUGGGUGGCACCAGUCUGGCUCACCUGGCCUUGGGGGAGGUUGUCAACCUGAUGAGUGCCGACACGGACCGCGUGGUCAACUUCUUCAACAGCUUCCAUGAGCUGUGGAGCCUCCCCUUCCAGCUUGCCCUUGCCCUGUACCUGCUCUAUCUGCAGGUGGGCGUGGCUUUCCUGGGCGGGCUGGGAGUGGCCUUUCUGCUGGUCCCCUUCAACAAGUUCCUGGCAUCUCGCAUUCUCAGCAACAACCAGGACAUGUUGCGCUACAAGGACGGCCGUGUUAAGCUGAUGACGGAGAUCCUGUUCGGGAUCCGUGUCAUCAAGUUCUACAACUGGGAGGCCCACUUCACCCGUAAGGUUUCGGAAUGUCGUCGCGGGGAGCUGUCCCACCUCAAGGCCGUCAAGUACUUGGACGCCAUGUGCGUGUACACCUGGGCCGCGCUACCUGUGCUCAUCUCAAUUCUCACCUUCCUCACGUACGUGCUCCUGGGACACCAGCUCACCGCUGCCAAGGUGUUCACCACGUUGGCCCUGGUGGGAAUGCUGAUUGCUCCUCUCAAUGCUUUCCCGUGGGUACUGAACGGCAUCCUGGAGGCCAAGGUGUCGCUAGAGCGCAUCCAGCGCUUCUUCAAACUCACAAACCGGGAUCUUCAGUCCUACUACGCCCUAGUGUGGCCUGAAGAUAAUGACACGGCGGUCCUGUUGAGUCAGGGGACAUUUAGCUGGCAGGGACCCCGGGAAGAUGCUGAAGUGGAAGAUGGCGCUUCCUCUGGACAUAUGCAGCUACUGCACAGCCUCAAUCUUAACAUAAGAAAGGGCUCCCUGACCGUGGUGGUUGGGAAGGUCGGAUGCGGGAAGAGUUCCUUACUGGCUGCCAUCACUGGAGAACUCAGCAGGCACAGCGGCGUGGUGUACGUGGCAGAUCUGGAGCGUGGCCUGGGCCUAGCGACGCAGGAGCCAUGGAUCCAGCACGCUUCAGUUCGGGACAACAUCCUUUUCGGCAAAACCUACGACCCGUCCUUCUACCGGGCCGUAGUGGAGGCGUGCGCUCUGGCCGACGACCUCGCCAUUUUGCCAAAUGGCGACCGCACAGAAGUGGGCGAGAACGGUGUGACGCUGAGCGGAGGCCAGAAGGCCCGGUUGGCCCUUGCCAGGGCCGUUUACAUGGACAAAGACAUGUACCUCCUGGAUGACCCUCUGGCAGCGGUUGAUGCUCAGGUGGCUCGGCACCUCAUGUCCAAGUGCAUCCUGGAACUGCUGGCGGGAAAGACCAGAAUCCUUUGCACACACCGCAUCGAGCUGGUGGACGCCGCCGACGUGGUCGUUCUCAUGGAAAACGGCACCAUCCUCAAGACGGGUUCGCCAGCAGAGAUCCUUCCUUAUCUAGAAGAUACACCAGAUAAACAGAAUAACAAGCGCAACUCCAAAGAAAAAGGUGAGGAAGAGGAGGAGGGAAUUCCCUCCAGUGACCUUCGUCUGGACAUUGACAGUAGUGACGAUUCAGGGUUGGAGAAGAAGGAGGUGGGAGGCCUUUCAUGGAACGUGUACCACAUGUACUGGGCAGCGGUCGGCGGUCUCCUGGCCACCUCCAUUUUGAUGUCGCUAUUCGCCAUGCAAGCCUCAAAGAACGUGUCGGACUGGUGGUUGUCUCACUGGAUCUCAGCACUGAAGAGCAACUCUUCAGCGGGUAGCAACCGUUCUUGCUCCGACUUCCUCGGCUCGCCUCGCCUGCUCCUGUUCUCCACUGGAAGCUUCAUGUCGGCUUUGUCGCCACCGCCAGAGCCGAGCAGCGAGGUACGUUUCUACCUGGCGGUGUACGGCACCAUAGCUGGGGCCAACACCCUCUUCACCGCUCUGCGAGCCUUCCUCUUCGCCUACGGCGCUAUCUGUGCGGCCACCGCCAUCCACGACAAACUCUUGGAUCGUGUCAUCAAGGCCACGGUGAGCUUCUUCGACACGACACCGCUGGGCCGCAUCCUCAACCGCUUCUCCUCAGAUGUGUACAGCGUGGACGACAGCCUGCCCUUCAUUCUAAACAUCCUGCUGGCCAAUGUCUUCGCUCUUCUGGGUACGCUGGUGGUAAUGAGUUUUGCGCUGCCGUGGUUGCUGCUGGCGCUGCCCCCUUUGGCUCUGAUCUACCUGAGCACGCAGCGUUACUACCGACACACCUCCCGCGAGCUCAAGCGGCUAUGCAGCGUCACGCUCUCGCCUCUCUACUCGCACUUCUCGGAGACGCUCGGUGGCCUCGCGACUAUUCGGGCCAGUUGUAGUUGCACCAGGUUUGAGGAGGAAAGCAUGCGUCGCUUGGAGGUCAACCAACGCUGCUUAUUCUUGAGCAGCGCCGCCUCCCAAUGGUUGGACAUUCGCCUGCAGCUCAUCGGCGUUGUCGUGGUGACCGCCCUCGCCGCCAUUGCCGUCAUACAGCACUCCAUCAACGUGGUUGACCCAGGCCUGGUGGGGUUGUCGCUGUCAUAUGCGCUGUCCAUCACCUCCCUCCUCUCUGGCCUCAUCUUCACAUUCACGCAGACCGAGAUGCAACUGGUGAGCGUGGAGCGAGCCCACGAAUAUUCCAGCCAGCUCCCGGCGGAGCCUCUGCAGCAGAACCAGCAGCUGCCGCCGUCGUGGCCCCAGUACGGAUGCGUGGAGUUCCGCCAUGUGGUCUUGGCAUACAGGGAAGGUCUUCCCAAUGCCUUGGAUGGCGUGAGCUUGGUGGUGCGAGCCGGUGAGAAAGUGGGGAUUGUGGGCCGGACGGGUUCAGGCAAGUCGUCCUUGUUUGCGGCGCUUUUCCGCAUGGUGGAGGUGAGUCAGGGUGAGAUCCUUCUGGACGGCUUGGAUGUCGGCAGCGUGGGACUCGCUCAGCUCAGGUCCAGGUUGGCCAUCAUUCCUCAGGACCCUUUCCUGUUCAGCGGGACCAUCCGGGAGAAUCUGGACCCGUGUGGUCGGCACCAGGACAAGCAGCUUCUGGAGGUCCUAGACCAGUGCCACCUCAGCUCAGUGGUCAAUGCCAUGGGCGGUCUGGACGCUGAGCUUCAGGACCGAGGCCGGACCUUCUCUCUGGGCCAGCGACAGCUGCUGUGUCUUUCUAGAGCGCUGCUCACUCAGGCCAAGGUUCUGUGUGUGGACGAGGCCACAGCUAGCGUGGACCAGAAGACCGAUAAACUCCUGCAGAAGACCAUCGCUGACAGAUUCCGUCACAAGACUGUACUCACCAUCGCACAUAGGAUCAAAACCAUCAUGGACUGCGAGCGCGUGCUGGUGAUGCACGCUGGGAAGGUGGUGGACUUCGACACGCCGGCAGCUCUACGCCAAAAAGAUGACUCGGUCUUCCAGCGGCUCCUCGGCAGGGAGGGAGCGACGUCGGAACCAAAGCUAUGACGACUGAAGCUUUUUUGGGAUUUUACAUCACUGGAUGUUCAUGUUUGACAUUAAAUUUUAUACAAUG